AUUAUGUAAAUGCUCGGUCAUUGGUGUUCAAGUCACGUCAUAGCCUCGGACCAGCUCACUUCUGUGAGAUCACUUUGGACGUGUCAUCAAAUCUUACGCUGCUUCCGAGACAUUCUCAGAAGCUUCCCGGGCUCAGCGCAUGAAAUCGGACCCUGAAUAACAAGAAACUCACUUCCUUUGGUUCCUAAAGCUUUUAAACAGGAACACUACAUGUCAGGACUGGCCUAUUCAUUUUCUACUCAAAUCCCUGGAGCACUUUUCUUGCUUUUUGGUGAAGGAAAUCCACUUGGAAUCCAACAUAACAUCAACUCCAAUCUUCUCCCAUCACUCACCUUCUCCCGCAACUAUGUGCUAUUGAUCGGAUGUAAUAUUUCACUUACUCUUCAAUUCUAUGGUGUUCUCUGAACCUGUCACUGACGCAAGAGCGUGGCAAGAGUCAUUUAUCAAAAUUGUUUUCACUUGUUGUCAGGUGGUUCUUUCAUUCGGAGAAUCCCCCGUGACGGAGUAUGUUUGAAAAAAAGGAUAACACAAUAACAGUCACCUAGGGGCAGGCUGGCUUUUUUCCAUUUGUCUUGAAACAUCAUUACGGUUGAGAGCGUCAACAAUAUUCACGCGAUGGGAUAUCCAGCUUUGUUGCGGAUCGCUUAGCUUGAACAUCUACGCGUGUGUGGUCUUGACUUUGUUUGGAGAAGUCUCUUUUCUAACGUCGCCAUGAAAUUAAUUCGUGUGUACUUUGCUGAACAAGCAAGCAUUGAGGUGGUUAUUAUUCUGAAAUGUAAACACUUCUAGGAAUUGAUAGAAAGUUAAUGCUAUUUCUAGCUAACACAUUAGCCACCUUUGUGUUCUAUUGCCCCUCGCAAGCCUGCAGGCACGUCUCCUCUUCGCCGCGCUCUGUUCGCAUGCCAGCGCAGCGGCGGCCAUCGCACGCUGUCUGAGGCUAAAUAUAGCCACCCCAUCUCAGACUACAUGAUGUCAUCGCUGAGCUGACAGGCCGCCUAACGACGGUCGACCAAUUACAGCGGCUGUCUUUCCAAACAAUUGAUCACAAUUUUGUUUUUCCCAGCUUUCUCUGGCUGACAGCUUUUGGUUUUUUUUUACACUCACGCUGACACUAAGCCAAUCAUCACCUCAUUGAUUGUCACAUGCAAGUCACGCCAUGGAUAAUAACAGUUGGUACCCCCCCCCCUGCAAUAGCAUUAGCUGCUAACCGCUAGCAAUAUAUUCCGUCACUUGUUAUCAAGUCUCUAAUGUCGAACUUAUUAUUACACUUGCAAACAGCAUAGUCAACCUGCUAGCUUAGCUGAUAUAAAUAGGUCCAAUCCGAAUUAAUUGCAAGUCUUGCCGGAAUCGGAUGUGCGUAUUGGGCAUGAGAUGUUCCGCUAAAACUCAUUUGCAUGUGUGGUCCUCUGAGGAUUUGGCAGGGGCGGGGGUGCGGAUGCUGCUCAUUCAGAGCCAUUGUUCCUUGCCACCAAAGCGCGUGUGUGUGUGUGACUGUGUAUGCGGGCUGCUGCAGCAUCUCUGCAUUGCUCCCCCUCCCCUCCUCAUCCUCACACCGCCUCCCUCCGCCCCGCGGAGGGAGGCAGCAGCAUGCCGGGCUCGGUGCAUGCGCAGGGCGAAUUGGGAUGCUGUGCCGCCGGAGCCGAGAGCUGCAAGGACGAGGUGGAACGUCUGCCCCGCUUGCGGCGACUCUUUCUCAGCUGUAAUAACAUCAGCAGUCUCCACCAGCUAGGCUGCUCCAGGGAGCCGCUCUCCCUUUCCGAACUUACCCUGGAUGGGAACCCCGUAGCCCUGGAGACAUGGUACAAGCAAGCUGUCCUGCGCUGUGUGCUUCACCUCAGACAGCUGGACAUGAAGCGCAUCACGGACGAGGAUCGGCGCAUGGCUGGUGUGCAGGCUCGGAAAGAGGAGGAGAAGAAGAAGGAGAGUCACAAGCAGACCAUUCAUAAGGAGAAGCGGCGUCUUGCCAUCCGUAAUGCGGCGCAGCAGUGGGAGGGCGUCGUCGCCGCCUGCCUGGAGCUGCCGUCGACAUGUACGACAACCAACGGCGCCAAAGAAGAAGUCAGCCCGGAGAACAGCCCCGCCCACUGCCACACGCAGACCAACGGGUUAGCUCAGGAGCCUUCGCCCGAUGAGCCACGACGGGUGAGUCCGGGUUUUGGACCGGAACGGAUGACGGGUGGACCCGAAAACCGUUUCCGCACCAACAGCCGUCCAAACAGCCCUCGAGAUCCAAAGCCCACGGAAGCAGGAAGCGUGACGAGCCUGUCGCUGUCCGACAGUCAUCUGGCCGAGCUGGACGGCGACACCUUGCGCUUGUUCGGCCCGGGUGCCCUGGAGGCACUGGAGAGGGGCUGGGGGGUGCAGACGGCCGGCGCCGUCACCGUCAUCGCCUUCCGUUACAUCCACUUUGACGCCAUCGUACCAACGCUGCCCAGGAUCAGGGUCAAGUUCCCCAAUCUGGCGCAUCUCAUUUUCCUGGAAGCCAACAUCAGCCGCCUGCCACAGUUGGCCGCAGUGGCUCAGGUUCGCCGUCUGGACCAGCUGACCAUACACCCGCAGGGCAACCCGGUGGUGGGCCUCGCCUUGUGGCGCUCCUUCGUCAUCUACCGUCUCCACCAUUUUAACCUGCAGAAGAUCAACGGUCAGGAGGUCACCAUGAAUGAUGUCAUCGCUGCCGAGCGCGUCUUCGGUACGCUGGGCCACGUAGCGGCUACCGAGACACCGCGCUGCCGUCUUCUCUUGCUGCUGGAGGAGUCCAGGAAGCGGCAGCUGCAGUUCCUGUUGGAGGGGCGCGGCCGGCGCGCGGGGCUCAGCCCGGAGGAGCUGCGGGACAACGGGAAGCUAGCGGGCGAAGGCCUGAGCCGAGCACUCUUCAACUAUCCGAGCCGGGACGGCAGCACAGACAGCCCGGAGGAAGGCGCCGCCGAGGCAUCCGAGCGCGGCGCCACCGUGGACCUGUACCUUCAGGAUCUGGUGCGCCGGGCUUCAGAGACUAACGUGAAGGGCGAGGCCCUGCACCGCCUGUGGCCCAGCAUGUUCGCCGAGAUGGUGCGCGACUGCGUGCUGGAGAUGCACGACCGAGAAGCCUUCCGCCAAGCCAGCCUUGCCAAGCUGUCCAAGUGAAUGAGGACAGCUCGUGAUUGCCAUCAUGACCCGUAACGACACACACACACACGCACG